UAUCUAGAGGAUACAAGCAGUGCCGGAUACAAGAGCAUCUGCUAUGAUGGAUUCAUUGGAGCGCCAAGUUCAGCUGUGCUUCUAUCUAUAGCCCAAGAACCUCCGCCAUCACUGAUGAAGAUAUUCGAGAAGAUCAUCCACAUCGAUUGCUUGAGGUGGGAAAGUCGAAGAGCACUCCAGAGGAUAAUCGCAGAAGAACUCCAGCUUCCUCAAGGGUUAAUUCAUAUAUUUGAUGGGCAAGAUGAAGAAGAUGAUUUCAGAGGUGUAUAUGAAAGCUCCAGAGCUGAAAUAGGAGGUGUUAGCAGGGAGAUCCUUCGUGUUUUACUGGACAAAAAAUGUUUGGUGGUAAUUCAUAAUGUAAUCGACGGCAUCGACGGCAUAGUUGAGUUUAAUGACUUUGGCAUUCCUCCAGCAUGGUUUGGUACUAAAGUAUUGUGGCGGAGCUGGGUGAGGCCUUCCUUCAGUGAAACUCUUGGAAAAUUGGACGAUUCUCAUCUUUUUCUUUAUAAUAAUAAUGGUUUCUCGGGUUCUCGGGACUGGAAGUUUCUUCUACAAGAGGAGGCUAGCGAAAUUGCUCGAUAUACAUGCAAGCUUGGGGCCACCCGUGAAAUAGCUAUGGAGUGUUGCUUGUAUGCAUUCUCAUUAAUGGAUCGUAGCUGGAACAUGGGCUAUACUAAUAACUGCCGUAUGCAAGUGUCUAACUACUGGGUCUGUGAUGGGAUCAUACAAGCAGGAGGUGAGUCCGAUCAAGCCUGGGAAGUUGCUGCUGCUAUGCAUCAACAUUUGUACUUAGGGAAUGAUCCAGUGCGAAUUCCUUAUGAUGAAGUUCCAAAACGAUGGAUAUGUUCCGGCAACUAUAAUAUAAAAGAAGAUUAUUUGACUUUUCCUCGAGAGACAACGUCAUUGUUUCUUGCAGGAUCUGAUGUUCCAUUUGCAAGAUUACCCAAUGACAUGUUUCAUCAAUCUGUCAUGCUUCGUGUUCUCAGGUUAUAUGACUGCACUUUCAAUUUUUCUUCACCACCAUUCCAUUGUUGCCAUGGCCUGAGGUUUCUCGGAUUAGAACUAUGCAAGGAUCAACCACAAGGAAGAGAUGAGCAGAAAGAUAUACCAAGAGUGGGUUUUUUUCGGAGUCUAUGGGUGGUAGACAUAUGCAACACAGAUUGGGAAUUGGUUGCAUCACCAGAGAUAACAGAGGAGAUGGUUAAAGAUAUUAGGGAGAUACAUAUGAGGAAGGCAAGGUUUUGGCACCAUAAUUUCCCAUGGAGACAGUUACAGAAUCUUCGUACGCUUCGAAUAAUUGAGCCUACACACCCUUGGGAGAUACAAGUUUUUCCAAGACUCUCAAGGGCGAGUAGCCUCAAGACUAUAGUUCUAGUAGAUUGUGUUGCCUUGAAGCAUGUUACAUGUCUCCCUCCAUCACUUGAGUCAUUCAGCUUCGGUUCAUUUGGACAUCGUGAGGAGGCCAAAGUAACCUACAUCUCCGUGGCUGGCUGUCCAAGAAUGGUUGAUUUCUCUCUGGGAGGAACACUUCCAAACCUUGAGGAGCUGAAUCUGUCAGGCACAUCCGUAAAAACACUUGACCUUGAUUAUGGAGUGCACGUCCCACAGCUCCGAAAACUCAUGAUGUUGGGAUGUCAGCAACUGUGUGCGGUACUUUGGCCAGAACAAGGGAUGUCGUGCCUAAGUGAACUAUGCAUUGAUACUCGAGGAGGAGACGUUGGAAGAAAAUUUCCAGAUUCAAACAAGUUAAAACCUUCUCAAGCAUACGUUGCUAUAAUGGAUAUGAGAUUCAUUCAGUCAUUGGUUCUACAAAAUGACCGCCGGAGAGAUCCCAGCUACAGGGCUAAAGAAGAGGAAGAGCGAGCCGUGUCAGUUUUAAGUUGCAGUGGGUUUUGUUGGAACAAAGAUACAGUUAAUCUAACCCUCUCCCUAUCUGCUAGUAGCACUGGUGGACCGAGCUACAAGAAUCUUUCACUCGAAGAGAUAAUCGAAGGGUGGGGACAUUUGGGAAAACCAAGGCCACCCCUAGAAAAGUCGGUAAUCCCCAAUCCUUCAUGUCGAGCCUACCCUGACAUCAUUACCAGUGACAUGACUGAUGUUGAUCAUAACUACAACAGUGCACCACAGCUUCAGCCAUCGAGGUGCCAUGUGGACAUUGGUGAGGGAAUUAGCAAAACUGAUGCGGAGAGCAUACACGAAAUCAAACCAAUCAUCUUUGUGAUGAACAAUGCUGAGUCGUUGCAUGUGCACGAAAAUUCUUCCAUCACCACUGUUAUCCCAGAACGCGUGAUGUCAGUAGUAGAGGAGAAACUGGUAUGGCGACAUCUGAAACGGUGUCGUGUGGAGAGAUGCUCCAAGAUGCGCGUGGUUUUUAGUAAUUACUAUGAUAUCGCCUGCUUCCAUGAGCUAGAGAGCUUCUGUGCGGUUGAUCUUCCUAUGGCACACUGCAUCUGGAGCAAAGGAAGGACGGUAGCAGCAACCAGCACUUGUUCCUUUGCGAAACUACAGAGUAUACACCUAUACUCAUGCCCAAGGCUAGCGUUCGUCCUCCCGCUAUCGUGGAGCUACAACUUGACCAGCUUGGAGACAAUCCACAUCGUCAGGUGCGAUGAUCUUAGGCAGGUAUUCCCGGUGGACGAACAGGACCUGAGAGAAAUAGCUACCGACGGCCCAGAGAGUAUUACGAUGAUGUUCCCAAACCUGAAGCAUAUCUACAUGCAUGAGCUGUAUAAGCUGCAGCAUAUAUGCAAAGCCAAGAUGAGUGCUCCGAAGCUUGAGACCGUCAAGCUCAGGGGCUGCUGGGGUCUCAGGCGCCUCCCAUCCGUUGGCCGGCGCAGCCGACGCCCCGUUGUGGACUGCGAGAAAGACUGGUGGGACAAGCUGAAGUGGGAUGGGCUAGAGGCCGGACACGACCCUUCCCUCUUCGAGCCGCGCCACUCGUCCUACAACAAGAAACCGCUGCCCAGAGUCUCGGUGCUCCGCUGA